CCACUCGCUGACUUUGGAUGAGGAGGAGGAAGAAGCGGGCAAAGGAGAGAGAGGGGGAGCCGGGGGGGGGGGGUGAGGGGAUUCGGUGAGGACUGUGGGAACAGAGCAAUGCCAUCCAGAGGCAGAAGAGGAGCCUCUAUCUUUCUGAGUCCAUGUCUCUUCACUGUUCUCACAAGCGUCGUCAACGUGCUGCCUGCUGUUCUACCUCUGGAUUUAAAUCCGCCGGAUUACCACUCGGACUCCCGCAUCAUUGUUGGAGGCUGCCACGUUUAAAUGGGAGGCAAAGUUCCCCCGUGGACCGCACAAAUGGUGACAAACACAUUGAUUUUUCUUCCUUUUUUAAUAUCUUCCUAGCAUUAAAAAUGAUUUCAGUUUUCCCGAGUGAAAGUCUUUUUAUAUGUGGAAUCGUUUUUUUGUAAUGCAUGAAAGUAGUCGACUAGUUUUUGGUGACAUUAGAGUUUGAGCUUGUCUAUGGAGGGAUUGGCAUUCAAGAUGUGUGAAGAAAAGCAUUUUCUCCCUUUUCCAAUGCCAUCCUUGCUUAAUAUGAUCACAACAUGACUGUUUCCUUCCUGAUAUAUUUGUGCCAGUGUGGAGAGCGUACAUUGGACUGCAGGUGAACUUGCAUCUCUCCUAGUUCCUCCAUCUCAAAGGGAACCCUCCCGCUAAACUGUUCCCUGUUAACCCAUUUAGGGUUCCCCUGUGGGGACUUCUCUACAACCUUUUGUCCUACUCCAGAUUUUGCGCAAAGCAAAAGCUACAACAGUAAAAGGGGCACCUGGGCAGGAAGACACCCCCCUCCCAAAGUUGAGAGGGGGGUGGGAAGAUGGCAGCUCUUGCUAGCUCACUCAUCAGACAGAAACGGGCUGUCAAGGACGACCAAACCAAUCGACCGGUAGCCAACAAGCGUAAGCCCUGUCCAAAGAGCAACAAGUCUUUGUGCCAGAAACAGAUCCUGGUUCUCAUCUCCAAAGUAAGACUGUGUGGGGGUCGCAAAGGUCGCAACGAGAAGAGACCAGAGCCGCAACUAAAAGGCAUUGUAUCCCGCCUGUAUAGCCAACAUGGAUACUACCUUCAAAUGCAGCCCGAUGGCACCAUUGACAGUACAAGAGAUGAGAGCAGUUUAUUUUCGCAGUUUAACCUAAUUCCUGUGGGACUGCGGAUUGUGGCAAUCCAGGGUGCAAAGACGGGGCUGUACCUUGCCAUGAAUAGCGACGGAUACCUCUAUACUUCGGAUCACUUCACUCCGGAGUGUAAGUUCAAGGAGAGUGUGUUUGAGAACUACUACGUCACAUACUCCUCAAUGCUCUAUCGGCAGACCCAGUCUGGCCGCGCUUGGUAUAUCGGUAUCAACCGUGACGGCCAGGUCAUGAAGGGCAACCGGGUAAAGAAGAACAAAGGAGCCGCGCACUUCCUGCCUAAAGUUAUCGAGGUUGCAAUGUAUAAGGAGCCAUCACUACAUGAGCUCACGAGUGAGCCUGUGAGUCCUCCACGGAAGACAACCAAAACAUCAGAUUCCCCGUCCUUAAAAAAUGGACGGAAAGAAGCCCCCAAGGCUGAUGCCUCCUAGCACAGGAGACGGAGGGUGGGUCAGAGGGCAACAGUGACACUUGGAACAAAGUCAGCCAUCAUGCUCGGAGGAUGGCCGGGUGAAUGUCUCUCAUGGUCCAGAAGUGCACGAUAUGAUGCUGAGGGAUGAAGGGUGAGCAGUCCAUCAGUAGACAACACAAUGAGAGAGGAAUCUUCCCUCCCCGCCCAUGUCACCACAGAAUGACAGACCUGGACCCUGGCCGCAGCAACUUUCAACCGCCAUCCCAAAUGUUUGUCUCCACCGAUCCCCUUCGAAUUUCCUGAUACACAGGCUCAUUAAUUUCUCUGUUAUCAUCAUGCUUCAUUGUCACCGUGACACUUUUGUCUUUUCUCCCGCCCCUGUGCAGCGUUUGCGCUAUUGCAUUGUGAUAUUCACCAUCCGCACGUUUACAAAGCAAUCUCGACUUCAUAAUCCUCACCCAUGAGCCCACUCUUGAUCCCUAAAGUUGGUGACUGUGCCGCCCAGCCGGCUUUCCCCACACCAUCUGCCGACCAGCUCGGCUAAUCAUUAAGGUCAGCUAAAGCUCAACAUGAGAUGAAGCAGCUCAAAAGAGUCAAUAUGGCAACUGGAAUCCUGGGUCAAAUCAAGUCAGAUGAGGAUCAGGGAGAAAGUGAUGACAUAAUCUCACAAAUACGAUCCCUUCGGCCACGCAGUGGCCAUCAAUACUUCUUGGCCAUUGUUUAGAGAAAAUCGAAAUGAUUUCCGCGAUUUGAAAUCUGCGACGGCGACACGGUGGUCAGCUGAUUAGCACGUUGGCCUCACAGUGCAGAGGUGCAGGGUUCGAUUUUGGCUGCGGCCUUCCUGUGUGGAGUUUGCAUGUUCUCCCCGUGCCUGUGUGGAUUUUCUCCGGAUACUCCGGUUUCCUCCCACAAACAAAAACAUGCAUGGCAGGUUAAUGGGAGACUCUAAAUUGUCCCUAGGUGUGAUUGUGAACACAAAUGGUUGUUUGUCUUAGUGUGCCCUGCGAUUGGCCGGCAACCAGUUCAGGGUGUACCCCGCGUACUGCACGAAGACAGCUGGGAUAGGCUCCAGCACGCCCGCCACCUUUGUGAGGGUAAGCAGAUUAGAAAAUGGAUGGAUGGAAAUCCGCGACUUCCUAGUUUUUAGUAAUAAUGAAAUAUUUCCUGGAAAAAAAAACAGAUACUAAAAUACAGCAAAACCAUUCACUAAUCUUCCAUAUACUACCCAUGAGAUCUUAAAUCCGAGUCCUAUUUGGGACAUAACUCAGUAUCAUCAAAAAAUGACUGAGACACAGAAAGAGAAUAAGCAAAAUUCUCUUUCCAGCCUUUCUACCCAUCAGGUGAUCACUUAUCAUUAGAGAGCUAGCUCAAAAGCUACACACCAACAACUGGGUCAUAUUUUCAAUCCAGUGUGGAUCAGAACCUAGUCAUCUAAAAAAAAAAAAAAAAAAACGAGCCGAGGUGUAUACUUCACUCAGCAUCUGCUGUCAGCAUAAAGCAGAGUUUGAAGGCAAACAUCAAAGCCAGAGGAGCCUCGGAGCAGGAGCACUUGUUAUUCUGACGAUGUCUGGCAGCUUAUCCACCCGCUCGCUUUAUCAAAUCACCUUGGAAGAAUCACCCUCAAAAACGUAGCCGUCCUAGUGGAUGUCUUGGUGGGACUGUGCCGUCACCCCUGUGUAUUGACGGCUGACUCCGACGAUACACUUGAUGCUUGUGUAUGAGUGUCGGUGCAAGGGAAAGAGAUACUGCAGGUAACCUUAACCGCGUCAUUCAGAAAAGAACGCAACGCUGUCUGUAGGAGAAUAAGAGUCUUUUAUAAACCGAGGCACAAAGAAGGUGAUCCGCUCGAAUCCUGUUUUCAGGUUUUAUAUUUGGCUCUCUAAAAAAAAAGAAAUAGACCCAAUUUUACAACCGAUAUGCAAUGACCUCACGUCAAUCUGGAAUUUCAAGAGGGAACGUCACUCAUGCAAUCUACCUCGGGACAAAAGAUAGCUACAACGUUUCAUCAUGCGCUUGGAUAUCACCAGCAAACAUGCACCACAUCGUAGAGAGAAAUGUAAAUAAUCAUGCAAUAUAAUCAUGGCUAAAUAUGCAAAAAAAAUACGGAAAUGGCUCAGUAAAUAAAUAUUUAAAAAUAAAUAACAUUUGCGGUUGUCCUAACAAAAAUUCGGUUGAGUUCUAUACAAAAAGCAGUGUAUCACGUUAUUUAUUUAAUUUUAUUUUUUUUACCUAAUUUGCGUUUCUUCUUGGAAAUAACGCCAAUAGACUCCUGUGACUUUCUGUGGCAAUAGAUAUUUGUAUGCAUUGUAAAAUAUAUUCAACACAUUUGCAGAUUGGGCGAUGGAAAACCUUGGUAUUGUUUUUGUGUAAUGGUCUCCUAGAUUUUGUUGCAAUUGGGGCCGAUAAUCUUUUAACAGAAAGUCAAUUGGAGGCCUUAACAAUUGUUAUGUACACAGUCUGGAAUUGAAUGCUGGACUGUAA